UCCCGCCGCGACGCGAUGGAACCGUCCGGUUCAGGAGCAGCAGAACCGGCCGAGGACGACCACCACCAAGAACCGGCCCAUGGGGGCUCCAACUCCAACUCCAGCGCCUCCUCCAAUGGGGAUGGGGCCCCGAGCGCCGCCGCGCCGCCACCUCCCGCCGCGACGCCCCUCGACCAGGCCGGAGGCUCCUCCGCCCCCUCCCUCGACUACGACUCCUUCGGACCGUGGCUGACGUGGAGCGACCACCCCGUGGUGUCGCCGGCGAGGGAGGACCCCGACGCGGCGGCGGCGGGGCCGUCCGGCUCCGGGCUGGCGUUCGACCAGCGGCUGGCGAUCGAGCAGGCGGCCGCCGACGUGGCGAACGCGCUGUGGACACGGCAGGUGGUGACCAUUGCGAUGCUGCGACGUGCUCGUGGCGUUUCUUUGGAUUCUCCUGCGAUGUUCAACUCGUGGCGCGCGGAAGAGGCGCUCCAGCGGAAGGAACAGAUUCGUAGAAAAGAAAGGGCAAUAUGUUCGGAACAUGUGAAGCACCAGACACAUCCCAUCACUGAAGUCAGAAGGCAUCAUAAGCUUGCUUCUGACGAGGCGAACCAUCUUGAUGCCUAUUCGGAAUGUAGAUCGGUGAUUGGAGAUGGGGAGUGUUUCUACAGGAGUUUCAUAUUUUCGUACCUUGAGCAAGUUAUUGAUAGGCAGGACACAUAUGAGGAACACCGUCUCCUUCAGGCUGUUGAUAUGGUGAAUCUGCACUUUGCAGCUCUUCGAUGGAACGAGUCUGAGUUUCGAUGGAACGAGCCUGAGUUUUCCAGGAGCAGCAGAGCAUUUAAGAAUCUGAUGGAGAAAGUAAUGAGAUGGAAGAGUCAUGGCAGGUGGAAGGGCAUGGAAUCAACUAGCAGCUACCGUAAAGAGGAACUUCUUGAGUUCUUCAGCGAGUACGAUACGACGCAAGACAUUUUUAUUUUCCUCAGAUUAGUAGUAGCUGUCGAGAUAUGCUGGCACGACGAGGUGUGUGAACCGCUUAUACCAGGGCUCAGUGGAAAUUACAAUCUUAAAGAUUGGUGCUUUCAGCGCGUCACUCCAGCUCGUCGGUUCACGGAUCAUGUUAUGAUGGUGGCCUUGGCCAGAGCGCUUGAGAUACCCCUCAGAGUGGAGCGAGUCCGAGGAGGAUAUGAUCCAGAUAUCUACACUGUCCCCGGAGUUCCCCGUCCGAGAGUGACCCUGCUGUACUCGGCAAACCAUUACGAAAUCAUCUACCCACGUGUUCCUCCAGCUGAGAGUUCAAGUCAUCAGGCUUCCCAGAUAGAACAUGCUGCUGAUGAGGGUUCAAGCCAACAGACUUCCCAGAGAGAACAUCCUGGCGAUGAGAGUUCAAGUGAAUAGAUUCCGCUGGAUCAAAGUUGAGUUGGGCUGCUGCCUAUGGAGGAGGGUGUUGCUGAGUUUAGUGGUAGAGUAGAUGCACCGACGAAGUUGGGGUAGGCAUAGCAUAUACACUUGUGCAUUCUUCUUCUGUUGGCUAGUAUACAGUGAAUCUUGUGUGAUCACAUUGAACUUGUUGCUAAUUGCUGGGUGCUGCAUACCUAUGAAUGAAUUCACUUUCUUUCUUCUGUUGGCACAUACUCUGCUGGUGCCACGGGGAUGGAUUGACAUUCUUUCUUGUGUUGGCAAAGAUACAUA